AUGUCGACGCGCGCGAUCGCGUCGCGCGUCGGAACGCGCGCGACGUCCUCGCGGGCGGUGCGUGGACGCCGAGCGGUGGAUUCGGGGCGGCCGCCGCCGGUUUUGAGAAAGUUUGCAAAAUGGGCGUCGACCGCGCGCGUGACGGCGACGACGGCGACCACGGACGACGCGGACGAUUCGGAGACUUUCGAUGACGCGAUUGUGAGCGAAAGCGUGGACGAAAACGCGGAUGAGGGAUCGUGGGACGAGGACGAGGACGAGGACGAGCCUGAGCCGGAGCUCGUGCCGUACAUCGGCGGCGAGCUUCUAAAGGCGGAUCCACCGGGACACAAGUCUGGAUACGUCGCCAUCGUGGGCCGACCGAACGCGGGGAAGAGCACGCUGAUGAACGACCUGGUGGGGACGAAGCUCAGCAUCGUGACGUUUAAGCCGCAGACGACGCGACAUCGUAUUCUCGGCAUCGUGAGCGAGGACGCGUAUCAGAUGGUUUUGUUGGAUACGCCGGGAGUGAUGGUGGAGGAGUUUAACAAACUCGAUGGCAUCAUGUUGAAGAGUGUGAGGAAUUCGAUGGCGAACGCGGACGUGAUGUUUUACAUCGUGGACGCCGCGCGGGAUCCGUACGGGGCGUGGGAGGGUUUGGCGCCGAAGAAGGGUAAGCGCGUGCCAACGGCGUUGAUCCUGAACAAGUGCGAUCUCGUGGGUGAUCGCGAGCGAAUCAUGGAGUUGAUCGAUUACUUCCGGGCGCAGGAUGGGAUCGACGACGUUUUACCGAUUUCAGCGCUGAACUCGACGGGUGUGGAAAACGUGAAAAAUUGGGCGCUCGAUCGGCUCCCGCUCGGACCGACGCUGUACCCGAAGGAGGCGAUAAGCGAACAUCCCGAGCGAUUCUUCAUCGCCGAGAUCAUUCGUGAGAAGAUUUUCUUGCAGUACAAGCAAGAGGUGCCGUACAGCACGCAGGUUUGGAUCGAGGCGCACAAGGAGCGCGACGGCGCGAAGAAGGAUCUCAUCCUCGCCAAGGUCUACGUCGAGCGUCAGUCUCAGAUAGGAAUCAUCGUCGGCCAGGGCGGGGCGGCGAUGAAGAAGCUCUCCUCGACCGCGCGCGAGGACAUUGAGAAAUUUCUAGGCCGACCGGUAUUUUUGGACAUUCAAGUCAAGGUGCGCGACGGGUGGAGACAAGACGAAGCCUCGCUCGAGGAUUUAGGUCUGGACGACCCGAACCGACUCGAGCAACCCUCGAUCUAA